AUGUCUCACGGUCUAACAGCCCAGACCAAGGACCACAAGCUCGGAGCCCCGAAGAUCGAUGAACCGCAGCUCCAGGCAGGUGGAGGGACAGCUUCGAGCUACGAUAAAGCCCGCAUCGUUGACAAGCUCUCCAAGCCCUUCACCGAGUACUUACAGGUCCUGCACGACGAGCUCGAAAAGCAGUACAAACUGGGAACACCAGAGGGUCAAGCACGCUGGCUCACAGACGAGCAACAAUGUUCAGCAGAUGACGCGAAACUGCUCCAGGGCGGUUCAAUCACGGCCUUCCACGACUAUUUCCUCUCUGGGUCCGCCAAUGCUAUGAAGCCAGCAGAACCCGUCGACGAAUCGUACCCCAUCUCCAACUACUUCAUCUCCUCGAGCCACAACACAUACCUCACUGGCAAUCAGUUGUCUAGCGAGUCGAGCACGGAUGCGUACAAGAACGUACUCAUGCGAGGUUGUCGCUGUGUCGAAAUCGAUGUCUGGGAUGGCGAGCCGCCCUCAGACUCCAGCUCCGAUGAAGAGGAGAUGCAAAAGUACGGUGCCCCAAAAGUCGAGAAGAAAAACAAGGACAAGAAGGAGAAAUUGAGUCUGCGCAAGCGUCUCGAACUUCGAUUUGGUCGAAAAGGCGCUUCUGAGGAAAAGGAGCGGUCGCUAUCGCCCUCUGGCAAAGGAGAGGAGAAGGUCGAACCGUGGAGAUCAGAUUCCUACGCGUACAGAGCCGAGCCUAGAGUACUACACGGGUACACCCUGACCAAGGAUCUGCCAUUCCGAGCAGUAUGCGCUACGAUUCGUGAUUACGCAUUCAAGACCUCCAACCUGCCGCUCAUCGUCAGUCUCGAGGUGCACACCUGCCCCGAGCAACAGGAGAUCAUGGUUGAGCUGAUGAACGAAUACUGGAAGGGUCUCCUUGUUGAUCUACCCAUAGAUCCUUCUCAACCCUCGGAGAGUGUCAAUCUGCCCGUGUUGAAGGAUCUAGAGAGGAAGAUUGUGGUCAAAGUAAAGCGUUCUUCUCACCUCAAGCCGCCUCCAGCGGCCACAUCACAGCCAACUACUUUGCAAGCACCGGCGCCUCCUCUCCAGCAUACCAAAAGCGCCGAGUCGGUUGCAUCAUCGAACACUACUGAAGACGAAACACCAGAAGGAGAGAAGCCGGCGCCAAAGCCCAAGGUCAUCGAGACGUUGUCUAAGUUAGGCGUAUAUUUUGGUGGCUACCAUUUCAAGGGUCUCGACACACCUGAAGCUUCCAUACCCACACAUGUGUUCUCGUUGUCUGAGAAGGCAUUGAUGGAAGUACAUGAGACGAACCCCGCGGGGUUGUUCAACCACAACAAACAUUUCUUCAUGCGCGCAUAUCCCAAAGGCCUGCGUCUCAACUCAUCGAACUUGAACCCGUCCGUCUUCUGGCGCGCUGGUGUACAAAUCGUCGCACUCAACUGGCAGCGAUGGGAUGGUGGUAUGAUGCAGAACGAAGCCAUGUUUGCAGGUACUCCUGGGUGGGUGCUCAAGCCGGAGGGCUACCGCAGCACAAGUGACGAAGCAACACAAAAGACUGCUGCGGUUCAUCACAACCUUGACUUGAGCAUCGAGUUUCUUGCAGGGCAAGAUAUUCCACUUCCACCUGAAGAAGACGACCCGAAGGACUUCAAGCCCUACGUGAAGGUCGAGCUCCAUGUCGAAAAGCACGAAGAGCGCAAUGCGGAGCGCAUCCCAGGCGAUGGCAAAGGCAGCAAGCCCGAAUACAAGAAGAAGACCAAGACGCAGCGCACUAAUAAUCCUAACUUCGGUCGCGAGAUUAUUAGAUUCGACGGCGUACACGGCGUUACAGAGGAAUUAACUUUUGUCAGGUGA